GGUCCAUUCACGGGGACCCCUCCCACUUACGGCUACGAUGCGGACCGUGAGGAGGAGCAGAGGCACCACCAUGACCUCCUGCCCUACAUCGACGACUCGCCCUCCUCCUCGCCACACCUCAGCUCCAAGAGCCGCAGCAGCCGAGACACCCUCUCCUCCGGAUCCCUUGAGUCCUCCAAGUCGGUGAGUGCCCCCCCCCCCCCCAAUUAAUUAACCCCCCUUUUGAGUCUAUGCCACAAAGGUAACCUCCCAAUCACCCCAGGAAGCUCCUCAUGUCAAACAGGGAUUUCUCUCCUACUCUAUUCUAUCUCUCUCUGGCCCUCCCUCACGGCCUGAGCCAUGAAGAGACAUAGACACUUAUCUCUGAGGCCUCUUUCUCCUCAAAGGUUACCAUGAAGAGACCGCCCUCACACACACACACACACACACACACCCUCCCCCUCCAAUAGAUCUAUAGUAUAAUAGAUGAUUAUCUUAAUCAAUUAGCCAUAUUACCUCAGUGACAUUAUAUUGCAGUUUUUGUGAUGUGAUUACCUUACGAUAGGUGUGUGUGUGUACACCUCACUGAUUGCGUUAGCCUGGUGCUAUAUUAGUAUGUGUUGUGCUAAUCGCACUGUACUGCAGUCUUUCUCUCUCUCUCCUGGAGGAAGUAAUCGCAUCAGUGGUCAUAAAGUAAGGCCUGUGACCCACCCCAGUCUCGCCUCAGUGGCAGACAGAGCGCUUGUCAAAUUGAUUGAUGGUUGAAUCUGCCAAUAGAUGAUGAGUCCCUGGGCGGUUUUAAUAAGCAUACACAGGCACACACACGCACGUACACACACACACACACUCACUGUCCACAAAGCGUGAUGGAUUUGGUAUAGCAGGGAUUGAGUGACAUUUGCUGAGCAAACUCCUGUAUUUAGAGGCACACUCCCUGAGUAAACCUUCUACUGUAGCGUUAGCAUAGCUAGCAGAGAGAGAGUUCCAUGUAAACGUAUUACACUCAUAAAACAAUCUACACAGCGGCACCACACAUAGACAGAUUUGUACACGCUGAGUUGUUUUUCAGUAAUUGUCUCCAAAAUGCAAUGAUGUCCGUCCUUAGUAUAUAUUAUGGUGUAUUUCCAGUGAGCAAUUAGACUUAGACCUACUUAAACAAAUCAGUAGUGAUCAUGAAUCCACCCUGUUAGCAACACUGCUAGUUGUGGUAUUUAGCAUGUAUUUAGUGAAUGAUAAAUGAAGUCAAGGACAACACGGACUUUGGGUGGGUCUUCCCGUAUUGAUUUUUUUUACUAUGCAUGCAUGCACACACACGCUUCCCUUUUUUUUAUGCAGGCACACACGUACACACACACACACACACACACACACACGCUCAGGUGUUUACCUACAGUAAGGGAGUGGCUGCUGUUGUUGGAGUGAUCAGCUGAGUUAUAGGCCCAGGACCAGACUCCCUCUGUCUCUACGCAUCAGAAUUCUGAGAGGGGCUCAUUAGUUGUUGCUACGGCGAUGAAUAAGAUAUGAUAGUCUGGAGAUGCGAUGGGCCCCCUGAGGAGGAGAGUCUGGGCCUGAGCAAUGAAUGAAUAAACACUAACUCACCUCCACAAUGGAAACGUUGGCUGGCUGGGCCCAUUAUAGGUUUCACAUUCAUUUUCUCUUCAUUCACUUUUAUCUGAUCGUUUCUGUUAUCGAGCAGUGUCCCUCAGGCUUUUGCCCUGUCUAGCCUACAGGGUUCGAUAAAGAUGAAAUGAACAUCAGAAAAAUAUUAGAUUCAACGUUCAAUCUAUUGAUCUUCUUCAGGUGAAAUAGGUGGUCAUACAUCUGUCAGGCAUGUAGCUGAUCCAAAGCGUACACACUGUUGUCACUUAAAAGGCUUCAUUAUUAUCUUCUCUUCUAACAGAAAUGGCUUGUUGUAUAAGAACCAAGAAGCAGAGCCAAGCACAGCACAGACAUAUGGGUAAUGGAGUCCACAGCACAGACCUCUGGGUAAUGGAUUCCAUCAGUGAGUCGGGACCCCUGUAGUUCCGCUGAGACUCUUACUGACAUCUGCUGCUUCCACUACCUGUACAGUGGCCAUGGAAACAGGAGUGUUAGGCUCAUUUACCCCCCAUUAAAAACACACACACACACACAGAAUAUGCUCUCAUUCUGUAAUUAAUUUCAGCCUGCAUUUCUGCAUGUGGGGACAUGUUAUUUAUCCUAUGGCAUUUGUAAAUAAAUAAUUUCUCACUCACUCACUCUCUCUCACACACACACACACACACACACACACACAUACACAGAGAAAAGUCCCAUACCUGAGGGAGCAUUGUGUUUUGCCCUCAUCCUGUCUGAGACUAAAGUACAUUCUCCUCAUAGACUCCUAUUACUGGAGUAGUCAGAUCCCUCUCUAUUGUAGCUUACCUCUCCCUCCCACCACUCUCAGUAUCUCUUUUUCCAAGGAGCCCCAGGUUGUGCUCUGAAAUAGCUGGAUACAGAUAGCUUUAGUUCAGUUUAGUGAACCAGACGUAUGGGUUGGAUAUCCCAGACCCAGGAAAGGGCCUGCCUACCUGGCCCAGCCAUGGCCUGCUCUACUCUCCCCUGCUCUCUGUCUCUCCUCUCCUCCUCUCCUCUGUCCUGUAGCCUGAGGGUUAGCUACGCCUCCUGCCAUGCCUGUCCUCUGCCUAGGCCAUUUUAAGAGACCAACCUAUAUCCCAUGGGAACUACUGACUGCCAGAGUUAGGCAAGACGGCCCAAAGAUUUUUCAUAGGCCGCAUGUUGAAUGUUGUUACUAUCUAGUGAGGUUUGGAUGUCCUGGAAGAAUGCGAGAACAAUGGCUUCUUUAAAAACAAAGCUGUGGUCAUUUACAUUUUAGUCAUUUAGCAGACGCUCUUAUCCAGAGCGACUUAUAGGAGCAAUUAGGGUUAAGUGCCUUGCUCAAGGGCACAUCGACAGAUUUUUCACCUAGUCGGCUCGGGGAUUCAAACCAGCGACCUUUCGGUUACUGGCCCAAUGCUCUUAACUACUAGGCUACCUGUAUUUAAGACCCCAGCAUUUAUUAACAACAGUGCCUUCAGAAAGUAAUCACACCCCAUUACCUUUUCCACAUUUUGUUGUGUUACAGCCUGAAUAAAUAAAAUAUACCCUACAAUGUCAAAGUGGAAUUAUGUUCUUCAAAAUGUUUACAAAUUAAUACAUUUUUUAAAGCUGAAAUGUCUUGAGUCAGUAAGUAUUCAACCACUUUGUUUAUGGCAAGCCUAAAUACGUUCAGGAGUAAAAAUGUGCUUAACAAAUCCCAUAAUAAGUUGCAUGGACUCGCUCUGUGUGCAAUAAUAGGGUUUAACAUGAUUUUUGAAUGACUACCUCAUCUCUGUACCCCACACAUACAAUCUGUACGGUCCCUCAGUCAAGCAGUGAAUUUCAAAUACAGAUUCAACCACAAAGACCAGGGAGGUUUUACAAUGCCUUGCAAAGAAGGGCAGACACUGUUGGCAGACACUGAAUAUUCCUUUGAGCAUGGUGAAGUUAUUAAUUACACUUUGGAUGGUGUAUCAAUACACCCAGUCACUACAAAGAUACAGGCGUCCUUCCUAACUCAGUUGCUGGAGAGGAAGCAAACCUCUCAGGGAUUUCACCAUGAUGCCAAUGGUGACUUUAAAACAGAGUUUAAUGGCUGUGAUAGGAGAAAACUGAAGAUGGAUCAACAACAUUGUAGUUACUCCACAAUACUAACCUAAUUGACAGAGUGAAAAGAAGGAAGCCUGUACAUAAUACAAAUAUUCCAAAACAUGCAUCCUGUUUGCAACAAGGCACUAAAGUAAUACUGCAAAAAAUGUGACAUAGCAAUUAACUUUUUGUCCUAAAUACAAAGUGUUAUGUUUGGGUCAAAUCCAAUACAACACAUUACUGAGUACAACUCUCCAUAUGGAGCUAAGCACAGGCAAAAUCCUAGAGGAAAACCUGGUUCAGUCUGCUUUCCACCAGACACUGAGAGAUUAAUUCACCUUUCAGCAGCACAAUAACCUAAAACACAAGGCCAAAUCUACACUGGAGUUGCUUACCAAGAAGACAGUGAAUGUUCCUGAGUGGCCGAGUUACAGUUCUGACUUAAAUCUGCUUGAAAAUCUAUGGCAAGACUUGGAAAUGUUUUUUAGCAAUGAUCAACAACCAAUUUGACAGAGCUCGAAGAAUUAUGAAAAUAAUAAUGGGCAAAUAUUGUAUAAUCCAGGUGUGCAAUGCUCUUAGAGACUUACCCAGAAAGACUGUAAUCACUGCCAAAUGUGAUUCUAACUUUUGUAAAUUAGAUAUUUCUGUAUUUCAUUUUCAAUAAAUUUGCAAGCAUUUCUAAAAACAUGUUUUCACUUUGUCGUUAUGAGGUAUUGUGUGUAGAUGGGUGAGAUUAUUAUUAUUUUUUAAUACAUUUUGAAUUCAGGCUGUAACACAAAAAAAUUGGAAUAAUCAAGGGGUAUGAAUACUUUCUGAAGGCACUGUAUAUCUCCUCUUUCUACCCACUACCUUGUUGUCAUUCAGACUCAAACUAAAGGUCAUGCUUUGUUUGCAUUGUCUGUACAGUACUUGUGUGUGCCCUUUUUUCAUUGUUGUUUCCAAUGUGUUUGUUGCAGACAGAGUUGGACCUAGAGAAAGGCCUGGAGAUGAGGAAGUGGGUUCUGUCUGGGAUCCUAGCCAGCGAGGAGACCUACCUCAGCCACCUGGAGGCACUGCUACUGGUGAGAGGCUGGAACAUACACACAGGACUUGCCAUGAAUGCACUAUGUAUCACAUACACGUACACACACAGUACAAACUCUCUCUCUCUCUAUGUCUCUCUCUCUCUCUCUCUCUCUGUCUCUCUGUCUCUCUCUCUCUCUCUCUCUGUCUCUCUCUCUCUCUCUCUCUCUCUCUCCUCUCUCUCUCUCUCCUCUCUCUCUCUCUCUCUCCUGUUAUCUCAGCCUAUGAAGCCUCUGAAGGCAGCAGCCACCACGUCCCAGCCGGUGCUGACCAUCCCCCAGAUUGAGACCAUCUUCUUCAAAGUGCCUGAGCUCUACGAGGUCCACAAGGAGUUCUACGAUGGCCUGCUCCCCCGGGUGCAGCAGUGGAGCCACCACCAGCGCGUGGGGGACCUCUUCCAGAAACAGGUGAGGUCAUAAGCCAGAUCCCUGGGGUGCGCCCCUGCCCUGUGUCUGUAGGAGCCUGGCGCCUGACUCUGGAUGACAGAGGACUCCCUCCCUGGACCUGGCUGCACGGCAACAUGACAUCAUGAGCCUCAUUCAGAAUGACACAGGACCCUUAUGCAUUACACAGUCUGCCUGUGUUUCUUUGUGGCUCCGUGUCACAGCUCACAGCAGCAUCCGUACUCUGAAUGGAAGCCUUCAAAUGUCAGAGCUGAUCAAAAUGUAUGAUAAAAAAGCUAAAUCAAAUCACGUUGAUCAACAUCAUGAGGUGCAACUUAUUUUAGGGACAGAUGGAAUAGACCUGCUCCCCCCUCUCCUCCUGACCCGAGAGCUUCUGCCACGGAGGCCAGAGCCAAACCCGUACUGACUGGGCCCAUUUCAUCAUGUUCACAACGUGUCAAUUAACCCCGAAUGAACCACUUGUUUAUCCCCCUAAUGCUCAUGCAGUCACUGCAGAAGAGCCUGAGUGUAGCCUGUCAUGAGUACUGUGUGUAAGAGGACAGUGCACAUGAAGAAGGAGAGUGUCACAAUGCUGUCUUUUCUACCCAGGGAGCUGAGACUAAUGCUACACUGUGUGCUUUGUGUCUCUAUGAAGCAGCCUAUAAAUAGUUCCAUACACUGAGCGAUGGGGGAUUUCUUUCCCUCCUAUUAACUUCACAAAGCCGCUCUCCCCGGAGGCCUGAAGAAUGACUAUUUAAUUUGUCUGUUAUACUGUCAGGGCGGCACACGUCGGAAUCCUUUUCCGCAUUUUAUUUAUUCAUUGUUCGUUUUUUCUCCUCCAUCUUUCUCUUGUCUGUGUCUGCUAUGUGGGAAGCAGUGGCAUCAAUGGCUGCGUUUUGUGUCUCCCAGCAGACAAGCUUUGAAAGAGGAGCAAUUUGGAUUUGCGGGUUGUAGGCUACAAUAGAGGAGCAGUCCGUUAGUUCUUCCUCUCUCGAACUCUUUCUUUAUGUCUGUCUGUCUGUUUUCUUUCUUUCUCUCUCUCUCUCUAUCAAUCUCUUUCUCUCCCUCAAACCAAAAUACAUAUUUCCCCCAAUUCCUCUCGCCAGACGUCAGGGGCAGAAGAUGCCGACACUGCAGGAAAAGUCUCCCUACAUGACAGCCAUUUAGGGUGGAGGAGGGGAGCGAGAGAGGGAUGAGAAGAGAGGAGAGGAGGGAGGAGAGUGGAUGAGGGGAGCAGCCAGCAGAUUUAGGCUGAGUCUCUCUGAUAGAGCUGUCUCCCCCUGUCUGUGAAGUCUCUGAAGUCUCUGUGUAGCAGACAGGCAACCGGAGGAAAAGUAACAGCACAUCUCUACCAGAAAGAAGGGAAGAAAAAAACUGAAAAAAUGGAAAGCAGGCGUGUGGUUAAUGACAGGUUAUGAGAGCGGGUGUCAAGAGAGAGGUGUUCUCACACUCCUUUAAAGCCCCAAAAUGGUGCUAAAUAAUACACUGUACUGUUUUCCUCUAAUCGUACAGUCACUGUCUGCUGUUUCUCAUAUAGGUCUAUGAAUACACCAUGGAGACUGCCAUGUUCUUUGUCUAGGAUAGGUGCAUAUGAAUGGUGAAUUUCAAGAGUAAUAGCAUCUUUACACACAAAGUAUAGGCAGGUAGCUUAGUGGUUAAGAGCAUUGUGCCAGUAACCGAAAGGUCGCUGGUUCUAAUCCCCGAGCCGACUAGGUGAAAAAUCUGUCGAUGUGCCCUUGAGCAAGGCACUUAACCCUAAUUGCUCCUGUAAGUCGCUCUGGAUAAGAGCGUCUGCUAAAUGACAAAAAAUAAAUAAAUAAAAAUAAAUAUACACGACAUACGUGCUAUGAGUACAUUCUUGUGCUGUUGAUGACUUCUUCCUCCCAGUCUGUGCUCGACCAUGCGGUUACUCUCAUCGUCUUACGUCACCAUACAUCCAGCCAGCAACUGUGUGUGCCGAACGGCUCCAACUGCUCCUUGUCUGCAGCUCUAUUACUGCCAUUCCGGCUCCUCCCCGCCCAUAGUGGGAUUGUCACGCUCUGAAUUCCUGUCCACUGUGGUGCAGAUUUAGUCUGGCCCGGGGCAGGACUCAGACGCAGUGGAGAUAGGAUUGCCUGGUGGGUGAAAAUUGCUUAACGCCUCGACUUCUAGCAGCUCCUGAAAAAACGUGGGUUUCUUUCGCUGCGGGCCAAAAUCGAUUGUCUCAGCGUGACACCAGGGGACAGGAAAUGCUGUAAAGGUCAGGGGUCACACCAGGAUGAUAAUGUGUGGGAGCGGGAUGAGCUCAUAGGUGAUGCUAGAAAGUAGAGAGAGGAGAAGGUUUUCAGGAACAGGAUUUGGCAGCCACUGGCAGCCCGCUAUCUGUCAUCUACAUACAAUGCACUGGAAAUAUUCAUGAGCAGGUGCAGAUGGACCUGAGCUAAGGUGAAUUAGAGAAGCAUAUUGUGUCCUGUGCACAGGGUUCUUGUAGGCUGUUCUCCAGGGGUACACUAAGCUACCUUGGCGCUGUGUGUGUGUGUGUGUGUUCGUGCGGGCGUGUGUUCGUUCGUUCGUGCGUGCGUGUGUUGUGUGUGUGAAACAUCUCUGCGUUUGCCUCAGUUGCCCCCUCUCUCACCAUCACACACUCUACCCCCCUCUUCAUCCACUGCUGUCAGGCUUGUAUUCAGGAGAAUGGAUUGGGCAGUUGAGUGCUAAGGAGAUGGAUAGUGUUACUGGCGGGCAGGGUUUCAAGGAGACGGCUGAAUGAGAUUUUCAAAUGUGUUUUUACAGCAACUGUUACCCCGGACGCUCAUUACUCACCCCAGCGUAGACCUCCACUCCGCCACUACCAUGGCAACAGCCGUAGGCCGGGACAGUGCCACGGCCAUCCUGUGGCGAUGAUGACAUUGCCCCGUCUGUCGAACUGUGUCCAAAACACUUGUUUUUUCUCCACUCAUUAUGGUGAACUCUGUUGUUGGGUUGUAGCUGUCAUUUCUCAUGUUGUGAUUAUGCCAACAUGUCCUUCUUUCCCCCAAAACAGCAAUGCAAACAGAAGGCCUACUUUGGUAAAUAUGGGCUAUGGAAUGUGGUAACUGUGUUUUAAUGUGACUUUUGUAUUUUGUCCUCUCUCGCACCCUCCCCGUCCGUUCGACAGGCCAGCCAGCUGGGAGUUUACCGGGCCUUUGUGGACAACUAUGAGGUUGCCGUGGAAACGGCGGAGAAGUGCUGCCAGGCCAACACGCAAUUCGCUGAAAUCUCUGAGGUAAUGGAAACCGGCACGGAGGUAGAUGGGGAGGUAUGGGAGGGAGAUGGGGAGGGAGGGAGGGGAGGAGAUGGGGAAGUAUAGGAGGGAGGGGACGGGGAGGGUGGGAGGGAGAGAGGAGAGGAGAGGAGACGGGGAGGUAUGGUAGGAGAGGAGACAGGGAGGUGAGGGAAGGAGGGAGGGAGGUAGCGAGAGGGAGAGGGAGAGGAGAGGAGACAAGAGGUAUAGGAGGGAGGGGGAGGGAGGGAGUGAGGAGAGGAGAGGGGGAGGUAUGGGAGGGAGGAGGUAAUGACUACUGGUCUGGAUGGGUUUUGUCCUUUCAUCUUGACAAUGGGGGCUAGGGGGGUACACCUCUUGUUUUGGAAAUGGGGUGAUGGGAUAUGGGUGGGAAGGAAGAAACAUCCCUCCACUAACAUUAUACGAUCACACUCAGCCUCCCACAUCCUCAAAGUGACAGUUUGAAAAUAGAUUUUCUACUUCUCUUCAAGCGCUCUCCUCCUGAGAGGAACGUAGCACUUUCUCCAGCUCUUACGAAGCGGCUUUGUGGCCCAGCCCCAGGUCACUCUGCCACACUGCGUAGAGAGACAGACAGAGAGGACAGUUGGAGACUGUGAAAGUGGGCCAUUAAGCACACAGGGAAAAUCGUUGGGAGAACAUUUCACAUCUACUCGUGUAAAGAGGACAGUGGGGUAUCAAACUCAACAGCUUUAGGCUAUGUGUUUUACCCACAAACCCCUUCACCGCCACCACCCACACAAUUUCACAAUCAUUGCCAUCAGGGGCAUCAUGAACCCAUUAUUUUAGAGGGAGCAUGAAGUAUGUGUGGAUAGAUAGAUGGACGGUGGAGAAUUUAGCAUUUUUCAAACACCUGAAACAGCAUUUUCCUGCAAUCUAGAGUCAUAAUCAUAGUAAUGUCUAUUUUUCUGCAUAGGUUAUCUAAGCAUACCACGUUACCUGUUCAAUUGUCAUUUUGAUUAAUGAUGCACAUUGAUUCUUGAAUAACUUUUAUGCCUUUUAGUACAACUGCACCCUAAAUAUGAUUCUCUGCAUCUCUGCUAAAAUCUGGGUAAAAGAUGGAAAGGAAUGUGAGUCUUAUUCAGUACAUUUAGUAAUUGCUUGCUUUUCUAAAGUCUAGCAACCUUGCCAGCAGGCAUGCCAGCUAAGAUAGUUAGAUAAGCUACUCUAACCUGAAAUGGCUUGGUAGCUAGUUGGGAGAUUGGGAACCUAUCUAGCUGGCUUGCUAAAGCCAACUUCAUAAAAUUGCUACGUGGCUAGUACUACAGAGAAACAACAAAACAUUUUCAUUUUAUUUAUUCAUCAACCAGGAAUCAGUAGGCUACAUAGCUUGAACAAAUUAUUUUACAAAUAUACCUCCUGCGAGUCCUGCCCAUCACCGGCAGCUAAAAUCAAAUCAAAUCUGAGGGGGCAUGUGACAUUGUGCCCUCUAUGGGCAUGACGCCUCUGAUUGCCAUUAAACACACUUGACUUGUAUUAUUAUUGUACUGUUUUGCCUGCCUGCCUGCCUGUGUGUCUGCGAUCUGUGUGUUCUGCAGUGAUGUGGAACCAAUGCAGAGGGUGGGGGUGUGGUGGUGGGUAAUAUUUUCUUGGGUUUUUGGUUGGUUUCUGGUUGCCCCCGGCGGCCAGUGUUAGAAACCCUGGAGUAGGGAAAUGCCCUCCCUCCAUCUUACCUAAUAAUAAUAAUAAUAUGCCAUUUAGCAGACGCUUUUAUCCAAAGCGACUUACAGUCAUGCGUGCAUAAAUAUUUUUUUUGGGGUGUAUGGGUGGUCCCGGGGAUCGAACCCACUACCUUGGCGUUACAAGCGCCAGCUGGUAGCGCCGUGCUCUACCAGCUGAGCUGCAGAUGAACCAUGACAGGCUAAUAUAUUAAUUUAUCCCCAAAACAGAGCUUUAUAGUAGCCUGAAGGCCCAGCCAUGCUAGUGGAAGAACGUCUCUCUCAGAUAGGAAGUGUAAUUACUUGAACAGAGAAGCAUAAUGCCAGCGCAAGGAGAAACAGUUUAGACGAUGAUGUACGAAGCUGGGGUUACACUUGGUGAAACGCUUCAUUGCUUUUCAGGCUACAGGUGUGAAUGUGUUAAAUAAUCAAAUCUCAAUUUCACUAAGUUCUUUUGAUUAGCAGUUUUUUUAAGGGCUUAUUUUGGAGAAAUAUUUUGGACUGAAGUCUGUGUAGUCACGAUCGCUGGUAUGUAAAAUCUUCUGCCAAAGCCAACGGUGAACAUUAAAGGGAUACUUUGGGAUUUUGGCAAUGAGGCCCUUUAUAUACUUCCCCAGAGUCAGAUGAACUCAUGGAUACCAUUUUUAUGUCUCCGUGUCCAGUAUGAAGGAAAUUAAAGGUUUGUUUCGCGAGCCAAUGCUAAGUAGCAUUAGCGCCUAUGGUAUCUGCUUUAUCCACAAGUUCAUCUGACUCUGGGGAAGGAGAUAAAGGGCCUCAUUGCCAAAAUCCUGAAGUAUCCCUUUAAGGAUGGUGCUUGGAUUUGAGGCAGAGAAUCAAUCAUUCAGUGUUCUUAAUGGGAUAUGUAAUGAUGCAUGUCUCUCUGCCAUCUGAAUGUGACGGUGGAAACAAUGCUGAUGAUGGCUUAUUGGGUGCAGGAUGAGUUGCAUUAGGAGUUAGUCUGAGGUGAGUGUGUCUGUCUCAUUGCUGCUGGGCUCUCUACGUCCGAAAUGGCACCCUAUUCCAUUUAUAGUGUACUACUUUUGACCAGGGCCACAGGGCUCUGACCAAAAGUAGUGCACUACAUGUACUGUAUAUAGGGAAUACUGUGCAAUUUGGGACAGACUCUAAGACAUGAAGCACUACAUCAAGCCAAGGGGCCAGGCUAUUAUUAUCAUUUGCCAGCACCACAUUGGUUGUAUGUUUAUCAGCUUCAGGUUUUCCUCUGUGUAAUGUUGUCCACUGUUCACUCAUUCUGUGUCCCUACAGAACCUCAAGGUGAGGAGCACCAAGGACUUGAAGGAUCAGUCAGCCAAGAACUCUCUGGAGAGUAAGUAGCCAACAGUAUUACUGAGCAUGUAGCUUCAGUCUGAAAUGGCACCCUAUACUGUAUAGUCCAAUACUUCUGACUACUCUGGUCAAAAGUAGUGCACUACAUAGGGAAUAAGCUACCAUUUGGGAUGCAGACUAAAUCACUGCCACAGAAAAAUAGACAAGGCUCUGACCUAGUUGGAGGGGCUGUCUCUCCUUUCUCUCCCAAAGCUCUCCUGUACAAACCAGUGGACAGAGUGACCCGUAGCACCCUGGUACUGCAUGUAAGUAUAAGGCAGCCUUUUGUUUUGAACCUCACACCUCAGGAUGUUUAAAGACAGUCUCUGUUUUUAUUGCCAAUCCCAAUACUGUAACACACAGUAACUCUGUGUAUGUGUGUGUGCCUGUAGGACCUGCUGAAGCACACGCCCUCCAGCCACCCGGACCACCCCCUGCUCCAGGACGCCCUCCGCAUCUCCCAGAACUUCCUGUCCAGCAUCAACGAGGAGACCACGCCCAGACGCCAGUCCAUGACCGUCAAGAAGGGAGAGGUGAGGAGCAGUGCUGAUCUGGGAUAGUUUGGGCUUUUUCAGUAAUAAACAAAUACGAUGACAUGGACAGUGGGGACCUGAUCCUAGAUCAGCACUCUAAUUCUGAGAUGCUUUAUGAAUACGGGCCCAGGGCUCUGCUGUAUUUCUGUGUUAUUGGAUGUCCUUUAUCAAUAGACCAUAGCAGAGCUUUAUCUGAUUUGGCUUUGGGCCAUAGGGUAGAAUUGUGACCAUUAUGUAAUUCUAGGUCUAUGCUGAGGGUAUGGUAUUACAUCACUGAUCAGUAACCCAACAUUGGUAGAUUGACCUUGCCCUGCCCUGACAACGACCCGGUAGUCAUUGUCAGGGCUGUAUGGGAUGAUCUAAUAUGGUGUCAAAUGCAAUCUAUGCCCAAAUAUGGGACUAAUACAGCAUCCCCUGCUCAUGACUACUAGGAACCCUACUGUUUGCUCUCUGUGCUGCAUCUCCAUCCCUCAAAAUCCCCACAUCUUCCCCCUAGAGACUGCCGACCCGGGUGGGAGUCGUACAUUAAUGGAUGUCAAUUGAUUGACAGCUGGCGUGACAUAUAAUGCCCCAUGACGAGCCCCGUCUCUCUGACUGGGAGAGUACAUAUUAAUUAUUCAUAAUGAGGCUCCUCCCUCUGCACAUGGGGGGUCAUUAC